CUCCAUCUUUGAUUCUUUUUCAUAACACAAGAUCAAUAUGGUGCACAAAACAAUCAAAUUUCUUUCACGUGGAAACAUUUUCGAGCUCACAGCGUUUGCACUGAAAUCCAAAUCUGGUCAUAGGCAAUUUGCUUCUAAUAUAGCAGCUAAAAUGGAAAGCACACCAAAAUUGCUAGCAGACUCGACAGCCAUUGUAUGGAUGGAUCUUGAGAUGACAGGGCUGAAUUCGAUUACGGAUAAAAUAAUCGAGGUUGCCUGUUUAAUUACAGACAAAGACCUUAAUAUUUUAACAGAGGGUCUGAACUUUGCUAUAAACUACCCCAAAGAAACUUUUGAACAAAUGAACGAGUGGUGCACAAAGCAACAUAAUGAAUCGGGUUUGAUACAAAAAUGUUUAAAAUCGGAUAUUACACCUGACCAUGCGGAGAGCUUAAUCUUGGAUUAUCUGCAAAAACAUGUCCCAAAGGGUAAAUGCCCUUUAGCAGGGAGUUCUAUAUAUAUGGAUCGACUGUUCUUAAGACAACAAAUGCCUACAGUGGACGAAUAUCUGCAUUACCGUAUUAUCGAUGUUUCAAGCGUUAAGGAGCUAUGUAGACGAUGGAGGUUAGAUGUUCUGCACUCUGCGCCAAAAAAGCUUUUACUACAUAGAAGCUUAGAUGACUUAAAAGAAAGUAUUGAAGAACUUAAAUAUUACCGUGAAAACUUUUUUAAAACCACGUGAUAAAUAGCGUUGGGUGAACUGCAAAUUCAAUCAUUAUGAAGAUACUUGUACAAACUCUUGUCUAAUAAAUCGAAAUAUUUAUUGAGCAAUGCCUUUUUAA